CACUUGGAAACCAACCCAGAAACCUAACCCAGCAACACCAUGGUCAGCUCCUGUUGUGGCUCCACCUGCUCUGGCCUGAGCUGUGGCUCUGGCUGCUGUGCUCCCUGCUGCUGCCGCCCUGCCUGCUGCCUUAGGCCAGCCUGCUGCCAGAGCACCUGCUGCAGGACCAACUGUUAUAGGCCCACCUGCAUUGUGUCUACCUGCUACCGCCCCAGCUGCUGUGUGUCCAGCUGCUGCCAGCCCUGCUGCCGCCCCAGCUGCUGUGGGUCCAGCUGCUGCCAGCCCUGCUGCCGCCCCAGCUGCUGUGUGUCCAGCUGCUGCCAGCCUUGCUGCCGCCCCAGCUGCUGUGGGUCCAGCUGCUGCCAGCCCUGCUGCCGCCCCAGCUGCUGUGUGUCCAGCUGCUGCCAGCCUUGCUGCCGCCCCAGCUGCUGCUGCCGCCCAACCUGCUGCAGACCAAGUUGCUGCCAGUCUGUGUGCUGCCAACCAACUUGCUGCCGCCCUUCCUGCUGUCAGUCUAGUUGCUGCCGCCCCAGCUGCUGUGUGUCCAGCUGCUGCCAGCCUUGCUGCCGCCCCACCUGCUGCCAGACCACCUGCUGCAGAACCACUUGCUGCCGCCCAGUCUGUUGUGGGUCCUCUUGCUGUUAAAUGUAUGGACCUGUGUAUGAAUUCUUACCAUCCUUAUUCCUGGGAGGUAUCAGUUCCCUUACUUAUAUCACUCAGUAUGAAUAGAGUUUGUUCAGUCAGACAAUUAUAAGGUAAUCCUUAAGAGACUAAUUUAGAAACCUCCUACAGUGGCUCUCUAAUGAAAUUCCUUCUUCACCUCACUGUUAGUCUUUUCCUCUUUCGUGAUGACAACCUUGAACCUAAUUUUUAAGUCCAUCUUGUCAAACUCUGCCCUAAUGCUCCAAUCUUCUUGGUUUUCUUCAAUCAGGAAACUCUGCAGUUUGAGGAGAAAACUAAGUGCCAUACUUUAUCUCACCCCAAGAUUUUAGUGCUGAGAUUCCAAAGAUUUUUCCUUCUUGGAUUCCCUAUUAGACUGAUUUUUUAUUGUUAUCAUGUCUGGCAGUCCAAAUAAGACUCAUGUUUCCUGACAAUAAACAAACAACAAAGCAAAUUGACUUCACUAAUUAUUUCUUAUUUUAUAUUUUUCUUAGUAUUUGGGUAAUUCAUAGGAUCGCAUGAUCACAGGACUUCAUAUUUCAAUGGAUCCUCAGCACCCACAUAGUGCC